GCGCGACCGCCCCGGCGCUGCUUGUGCGUGGGAGCAAAUCGAAUGAGCGUUGUGAAGGAUCGUGUAGACGGGGAAGGGCCCCGGGGGUGAACUCCCUAGACCCGCUCGGCUCGAGACGCCCACGCUCCAAGGCGCCUUUACACCAUGGAAGCCGAAGCGUUUGAUCGCACAUAGAACCUACGGGCGUUCCAGGAGUUGCUGCCGAGGACUGAGGCCGUGAUUAACCAUGACGUCUUUUGCUGUGGACGUGCCGUACAAAAAUGACACCAUCGUACCCAGCAUUGGCGAGUUGGACGACUAUCUUACGGAGCACAACUCCAAUGUCGGCUGGCUGCUUGCUGCAACGAUCCUGUCAUGCGGAUGGAUCAUCUACUUGACUUACUAUAACUCGCGUAACAUGGGCUUCGUCCUCACCAUCUUGUUAAACCGCUUUUAUAAAUAUGGACACAUUCACUUCGGCUCUUUCACUUUCUCGGUGUUGUCUGGAAAAGUCAUGUUCCGUGACGUUCACUUUGUCAACGAAGACAUGUCUAUCCGGAUACAGGACGGAUUGCUUAUCUUCAGAUGGUGGCGAAUAUACAACCCAAAACAAAAGCACAACGAUCCCCGGGCAGAGACGCGGCUGCACGGCACUCUCAACGGCUUCGAGCUGCACGUGUACAACCGCUCGUCGCUGUAUGCGCACGUGGAGGAGGUGUUCGGCCUGGAGCCGACCGUCAUCCUGCCCCCCAAGGACAAGCCCCUGUGCAAGGCCGCUCCGAAGCCUGACAGUACGCAAGCUAAAAAGCCCGAGACUGAAGAUCCAGCAUCGUCAUGGAGGUCUCUGUUUCCUGUCUUUAAGCUGGACAUUCAUUCCGGCCGCCUGGUGUUCGGCAACCGCCUGCUGCCCCAGACGCUGUGCGUCAACUUCGACGACGCCUUCCUGACGUACACGACCAAGCCCCCGUCGAGCCACCUGGACGAGUACAUGCACAUCGUGAAGGGCAAGCUGGAGAACGUGCGUGUCAUGCUGGUGCCCAGCCCGCGCUACGCCGGCAUGCAGCAGGACGAGCCUCCGCGCUCGAUGGGGGAAGGCUUUGUGGUAAUGUUGUCGAACGAUGUGGACAUGUACUACUACAUGGAUAAGCCAGGCCUGGUGCCAGAGGAGAGCGAGGAGAGCUCUGAGGACAGUUCUGGCAGUGAAACCUCCAAACUGCAGGACCUGCCACCCUGCUGGGGGCUCGACAUUGUGUGCGGCAAGGCCACGGACUUCAACUACGGGCCCUGGGCUGAUAAACAGAGGGAGCAUCUCUGGAAGUUCUUUUUCCCGAGUGACUACCAACCCAUGAAGGUCACGGAGAUGGCCAAGCCAGGCGAGCUGCGGCAGAACCUGGCCUUUGAGUUGCGCAUGAAUAUCAUUGCAGAUGCCACCAUGGACUUGCUGUUCACCAAGAACCGGGAAACCAAUGCAAUUCAUGUGAACAUUGGGGCAGGAUCAUAUCUGGAGGUGAACAUUCCUAUGAUUGUGGGUGAAAAUGGUUUCUCCUCCACCAUCAAAGGGCAGCUGUUACAUGUGGACGCGACCAGCAGCAUGCAGUACCGUUCCCUCCUGGAGGCUGAGACACUUGCGUUUCAUGUCAAUGCCAACUACUCGUUGCUGUGGAACAUGCACCAGGCGUGGCAGUGUGAGAUUGAGGUCUGCAAAGCCACCUACUACUUCAUAUUUGCACAGAAGAACUUCUUUCAAGAUUUGAUUGAGGACUGGACGAACGACAACCCUUUGGACAUCUGCUCGUUCGUGCCGUACACCUGGAACUUCAAGGUGAUUCUGCACCAGUUUGAGAUGGUGUGGGCUGCCAACCAGUACAACUGGAUCGACUGCUCCACCAGGCAGCAGGAGAAUGUUUAUCUCGCUGCAUGUGGGGAGGUGCUGAACAUUGAUUUCUGUCUUCCUUACACCGACUUCCUUCCGGCAACUUGCAACAUCAAAUUUGUCCUGAAGUCGGAGGACGUGGAGCUCCGCCUCUUCCUGCCGGAGAGCCACAGCAGCCGCUACUCGCUACUGUCGCUCGCCAAGAACAGCUGCUCGGCGGGGCGGUGCGAUGCGCCGCCGAGCCCCACGGCCCCCGAGCACGCCGGCGCCAAGCUCAAGAACAAGUGGCGCAAUCUCACCGACGCCGAGCAGGGCUGGAUCGACUGCUGGGAUGUGCCGUCCCUGCAGCUGACGUUCGAUUACACGUGGCAUCCCAUCUACCCCGACAAGGCUGACGAGCAGCUCAAGCACUCCCUGUCGGAGCUGGAGGAGGAGCUGCUUGCGGCCCUGCGGCCCUUGCCGCCACCGUCACGCGACCGCCGGCCCUCCAGCCCACGGGCCACCUCCACCGGCGGCGGCGGAGGUCGCCACUCCCCUUCGGCCGGCAUGUCCCACCCGCUGCCCUCCGCCGCCGACUUCGACCCAACGCUGCUUCUGCCCGACCGCUUCCACGUGGAGCUGGAGGUGGCGGCAGGCUCCCACGUGCUGCUGUACGGGCCGCUGCUGCAGGGCGUCCUUGCCGUCAAGGAGAACUACUUUGGCGUGUACGACAAGUACACGGACUUCGAGUCGUCGCCGCCCAGCCCGGGCAUGUCGGCGUCGCCCUCGGGCGCUUCGGAGUGGAUGUCGGUGCGGGUGGAGGAGGAGGGCCGGCGGGAGCGUGGCGAGGGGCUGCACCCGCUCUUGCUGCGUCCCUGGGACAUCACGGUGCUGUGCAACCUUCACCAGGUUCACGGCAAGAUGCCAACGCACUGCAGCGCGGAGAGCUCCGAGUGUCCGUACGGAUUCCUCGAGCAGCUCUGCUUCGAGAUGAAGAAGGGCUACAGGGAGACAGUCCUGCAGCUGGUGAUGUCCCCCAUCACCAUCUACCUGAGUGACUCGUACCAGAGGCCGUCUGCCGGCAGUCACCUGGGCAAGGGACACUUGAGCCUGUCGGGUCUGCAGAUGAGGGCCCACGCGAUGUUCUCAGGCGAGGGCCUGCUGCCGGGCAGCGACACCUUGGAGUACGCGUGGCUCAUCGACCUGACGCUCGGGAAGCUGGCCGCUCGACUCACCGCCCCACAGCUGAGCACGCUGCUGGCAUGGGUCAAGACGUUUGCGUUCCACGUGCAGUGUGAGGAGUUUGAGCUGGAGAAGCCGAACCCGGUCAUGCCAUGCCAGCAUGGCAUGGACCAGCGGCACUGCGACGCUAUGAAUUCAGCCACCUCGGCUGUCUGCCCACUGCCGGAUGACCUCAAGUACAAGAUGACUCGGCUGAGCAUAGAUGGGCUCGAUCUGUUUCUGGUUGAGUAUGGAUGUGCUGCUAACUUUAAGGUGGGCUCCGUGCAGAUCGCCACGUGCAACCUGCACAACCACAGCGUGAGCGAGGGCGUCUCGGCCGUGGUGCGCGACGUCACUCUCACGCAGUACUUCGAGCAGCCGUGCGCCACCACCGCCGAGUCCUCCUGGGCCUCGCCGCCGCAACCGACCGCCCCCUCGAAUGCCGCCGGCGCUUCGGCGGCACUGGCGCAGGCGCCGGUGCCGCCGCGCCGGCAGUGCUGGCUCGAGGCGGCCUCCGCUUCGUUCUCGGUGGUGAGCGCCGACGUGGCGCUCGCCACCGAGCUGCCGCUGCAGCACGUGGAGCAGCGGCGCUUCCUGGAGCUGCACGACGGUCACACCAAGCGGCUGUGGUUCCUGUGGCCUGAUGGUGGCGUGGGGGUGGCGGCAGGGCACCUGCACGGCCGCUGCGGGUGUCUGGGCGGCUGCUGGUUCUUCGCGGGGACGGCCCCGGGCUGGGAGCAGAUGCAGGCGGAAGAGGGGUCUCCAUCCAGCUCCUCGGACGCCUCCAGCCCCGAGUCAGAGGCUCAGCUCAGCUACGGGCAGUCGCUGCUACGCCCGGGGGAGCUUCUCCUCCAAGCCGGCGCAGCGGUCAGCGGCAAGUCAGGCGGCCACUCCGAGAUGGCCAGCGCCGGCCACUCCCUGCAGGUGCCGCCACGCAGCCACUCGCACACGCCCUCAUCGUCGUCGUCCUUGGAGGGCGAGGUCAGCUACUCGUCGGGCUCAGAGCUGCCGCUGCUGGCGCACGGCAGGGCCGUCAGGGACUCCAGCCCCGUGGAGCGUGGGGCCCCCUCCUUCUCGCCUCCGCCCCUGCCGCCGGGAUCCUGCGCCGACGCCGAUGUCUGCGUUCCCGAUGGAUCGACAGCGUUGGCCACGACGCAGGAGGGCGGCCAGCUGCGAUCGCCCCUCCGCGCUCCGCUCCUGCGCCAGGCGUCCAUCGGCUCGGCGCACACAGGCAGCUCGCGCAGCCUCUCGGGGCCUCCUGACCGGCACUCCCCGACGGGGCCGCCCGCCCUCUUCUGCCCGGCCAGCGAAACUUCGUCCUUCCAGCCGGCCUAUCCGUUCGCUGUGCCGCCGCCGCCAUCACCGCCGCCGCUGCCUCCUCCGCCGCCGCCGCCGCCGCCGCCGCCGCUGCCUCCAUCUCUGCCACCUCCGCCGCCGCCCGAUUCGCCACCGCUGCGGCACAGCGUGGGUUCCUUCCCGACUUCCGUUGGUUCCAACGGCUCCUUCCGGCACUACCACUCGCUCGAGUCGAACAUCUCCGUGGCGGAGAGCGAGGCCUACUACUCGGCCACGGAGGAUAUGGACGCGGCGAGCAGCGACGAGGCGCCCGCCUCCUUCACUGUGCCGCGCCGGACCCGGCGUGUCGCGGCGCAGCAUCAACACCAGCACCAGCAGCUGCAGCUUGGGUCCGGCUAUAGCUACGUCAGCUUCCAUCAGCCGCAGCAGCAACAGCAGCAGCAGCAGCAGGCGUGCGCGUGGUCGCUGCAGGCCACGAGCCGCAGCACCGUGUACCAGAGCUGCGAGGGCAUGGAGGAGCUGCCCGCGGCGUCCGUCUGGCCGGUGCUGUCGCAGCCGCAGCCCGAGCAGCGCGUGCUGCCGGCCGUCGCGCAGGCGUCUCAGCAGGCGGCGUUCCUCUCUGUGCUGGGCGGGCCCGAGGGAUUCGAGGAGCACCACCGGGCGUCGGCGUCGGCCUCCUCGGCCUCGGCGUGCGGCUCGGCAACGCGAGACUCCACCGAGACGCCCGAGGCGGCGGAGCCGGAAGCCGCGGGCGACCGCGGCGCCCCCGCGGACGCGAGGGCGGCGGGGCAGUCCAUCUCGCGGCAGCCGGAGCUCAUGCUGUGCUACGCCGGCGCGCUCACCGCUCUGCAGGCCGCCGACUGGGCCGUGCGCCACGCGCCACAGAAGAGGGCGUCCAAGUCGUCGCUGCACCGGCCCCUCGACCUGGACACACCGCCCGCGGUCGACGAUGCCGAGCCGCUGUCGGACUACCCGGCCCUGCCCGUGUUCCGCGUCAUCAAGCAAGGGCUGAGUGCCAGCGCCAUGAAAGACCGUGCCUCUCAAGAGGCGACCACCUCCAGCAACGUGUGCUACAUGUCCCUGAACGACCGGCGAUCGGGCCACUCGGCCACUGACGAGGUCACUUCUGAGGAGGCCGACCCUGGGCCCAGCAUAGGCCCGGCCAAGACGAUGGCCGUGGUGGAGGUGAAGGGAGCCCUGGAUGUGGUGUGUACGCCACUGCUGGCCGAGGCCCUGGACAGGUACGUGCAGGCGCUGGUGUACCACGUGGGCACGCUGCACGCGUCUACCGUCGUGGAGAAGCUGCACCAGAGCUCGCUGUCCGACGUGCUGCAGCAGAGCAAGGCCCUCGCUGCCGACACGGUUUCCGCCAAGUCGGAUGGUCGCAGCGCGAAGACGGAGGGCAAGACCCUGUCAACGGCCGCCUCCGCCCCCCUGUUGGGUGACGGCGUGAUGCGGGAUGGUGGCACGAUCAAGAGCCUGCAGGCAACCGUCUCUAUUCCCAAGAUAAACUUGUGCCUGCUGCAAGCGUCGCUGGAGGAGUCGGUGGUGAGUGGCGGCACGGUGGUGCAGAGCUCGCCCUGCAUGUCGCUCGUGUGCAUCUGCAUCGACUCGCUGUCCUGCCAGCUGCUCAUGAACAGGCGAGUCAUGGAGGAGGGGGGUCGUGCGGGCGGCACCCUGGACAGCGGCGGGGGUCCCGCCGGGAAGUUGCAGCCUCGCUGUACGGGCUCCCUGCGCUCCAACGCGCCGGCCGAGACCGCCAUCGAGAUCGCCGCCCGCCUCGGAAUCCGGCGGAUCCACGGACAGCUCAGGGGCCUCGUUGCUUCGGGCCAAGACGUGGAGAGAAGCAUCAUCACAGCCAUCCCCUCGGACAAGUCGCGCGUUCUCUUCCUCAUGGAGGAGGCCGAGACCUUCUCAUUCUCGGCAGAGGGCGACAAAGUGGCACAAGAGUCAUCCGCCGGUGGGCCCGGGGUGGAGGGCGGCUCGCAGAAAGCCGCCCCCGACGCCUGGGGAUGGAUCAUGUUCGAGUGCGGCAUCGAGGACGUGCUCAUCAAAGGAGGGAGGCAGAAGGGUGCUCUGUACGGCCUGGCCACUGGAGCGGAGCGCUCCGGGGGCCUCUCGAGCUCCCCCACGGGCAGCGGCUACAGCACGGACGACUCGGACGCCACGCCACGCGCCGACGACAGCCGCCGCCCCUCCUGGGGCGACAGCCGCUCCAGCUGCAACGAGCAGGAUGAGGGCGUGGAGUCGGACGACCUCAAGAAGGACCUGCCGCUGACGGUUCCUCCGCAGGACUCGUGCAGCGUGAAGCUCGCCAUCAAAACCAUCUGGUUCAGCUUCGCCGCCCCGACCAAGCUUUCGACGGCGCAGGGCUACUCGCGGCAGCUGAAUCUGCUGAGCACGGCGAGCCCGGCGAUCGGCUCGUGGCUCGUGCCCGUGGAUCAGCUCAAGUCGACGCUGGACAAGCUGGAGACGGAGGAGACGCUGCGGAUGUGUGCCGUCAUGGCGUGCAUCAUGACCGAGGCUCUCAAGGUGCAGAGCAUUCACAUCCCUCUGAAGAGCAGGUACUGCCGCGUGUCAAAGCAGGCUCGCCUCCUGCAGGACAACCCGUCCUGCCAGCUGUGCAACAUCCUGCACCGCUACCUGCACCAGGCCGACUACACCCGCAUCCAGGAGGCCACCACCGCGGGUGGCCUCCCGGCGCUCGUGACGCUCAAGAAGGGCCUCAUCGCCCUGACACGACAGUGGAUGAACUUCAUCGUGGUCACGUCGGGGCUCGUCGAGCUGGGCCGCCUGGGCUCCAAGAACCUGUCCAAGCUGCAGGCGGCCUCGCACCACGCGCACAACGCCGCUCAGGCGCACGCCGCCCACACGGCCGCGGCCGCCGCGGCCGCCGCAGUCGCCGCCACAGUGGCCGCGGCCGCCGGCGCCGUCCUGGUGCCCUCCGAGAGCCGUGGCGUGCUGCACAGCGACGCGAGCGGGGACGGCGCUGAGAUGGAUUACGACGCAGGCACGGUGAGCGAGCACACCAUGCUGCUCGAGAUGGGCGCUCACGUUGGACACAAGACCCCCCCGGCUCACUCCGGGCCCGUGUCUGGCUCCGACAUUCUCAUGAGGAAACUCUCCAAGCCUCACAAUGCCGAGUCUGCGUUCAAGAUCAGGCAGGGCAUCCAUCCGUAUCAGUCGCUUAGCCACACGAGCGGCGAGACGGUGGGGCCCGACUCGCCCGCCCACCAGGCCGGCCGCUUCUCUUCUGCCGUUGCCACGGCCGCCACGGCCACCACAGCCACUGCGCCAGGCCAGCACGAGACUCCUCGCAAGGAGAGCCUCCUGAGCUACCUGACCGGCAGCAUCCCGAGCCUUCCCAACCUGUGGGAGGGCACCACGCCACUCAAGGCGGGCGGCCCGUCCGCCAGCAAGAGCACCUCGCUCACACGGGCCGACCCUGGCAUGGGACUGACCGAGGGCCUCCCUGAGCACCCUCUGCUCUCGGAGCCGUCCAGCGUCAGCUUCUACAACUGGAUGUCACAGGCAGUCGGUGGGCGGGCAGCAGCAGCGGCGGCCGUGCCGCAGGACUCACCGCCGGUCAGACGUCCCGCUCAUGGAAACGCCGCGGGCGACGGCAGCACGCUUCCCCUGGCGUUGUCUGCGGCAGACUUCAACGCGGCGCUGUCGAGUGGACAGAACUCGCCGGACGAGACACAGUCCCAGCUGAGCGCCAGCCUGGAGACCGUCAUCGGCCUGGAGGGAGCCCAGGGCCUCCCAGCCGUGCAGCUCGCCGACGCACAGGUCGUGUUCCGACCGCUGCUGAAGCGGCUGAGGAUCCACUCGCAGGAGGCGGUGCCCGUGAGCUACCGCAAGCACGUGGGCGGACACGUGUCGCUGUCGGGCACGCUGCACUGCCUGCGCGCCGAUAUCGUCGACUCGGACGCCUCCCGGUCGCGCAGCUCGCGCAAAACGGCCAGGUUACAGCCCUCACUGCCCCCCAACGACGCUCAAGUGGCAGCGCCGGCCCUGAUGUUCGACACCUUCAAGAUCUGCGCCAUUGUGCAGGACAAGUCGGCUGAUACCCAAGGAACCCUUUACGGCGCUGGUGGCGGCGGCCGCGGCGGCGGCGGCGCCUUUGGCCUGCACGAGCGCAGCCGCGCCUUGCCGCGCGCCGCCUUCCACGCCAACUUCACCGUCUCCUGCCAGUCCAUCGACCAGCGCAUCAACAUGGCGCUCGUGCGGCUCGUGCACCAGUUCUGCACCGUCAUAGCGGACGUGCGCGCCACGCAGACCGACAUCCGCCUCAGCCGAUACUCGGCGGGCUCCACGUCUCCCACGCCGGCGUACUACGCCACUGUGAGACCGCGGGGGGGUGGCGGCGGCGGCGCAGGAGCGGCGGGCGCGAGGGGGGCUGCCGCCGCCGCCGCCGCUGCUGCGCCAGAGACGACCGGGCCCAGCUCGCGGGGAUGCCUGGAAACGGGCGGCACCGGCAUUCAGGCCCGACGCGGCAGCGGCACCAAGAACUCGCGCAGGGUGGGCACCAUGGCGGAGGCACCGGCAGCAAGCGCCGGGCCGGCUCGCCGCGGCAAGCCGGCGGGCCGCGGCGAGCGCAAGUCCUCGCGCACGGCGACGCGCAAGGGCUCGCGGGACGGGAUGCUGGAGCCCGUGACGGACUCGGACUCGGUGACGGUGUCGGAGCAGAGCGAGCCGUCGGCCGAGUGCUGGCAGCACAUGUACAAGCUGCUCAACUUCUACUCGCUCAUCGCCGACCCGGCCGGCGUCAUGCAGCACGCGUCGCCGCUGACGCUGGCCGACUCUGGGCGGCACCGUGACGACAACGCAGGUAGUCCCGGGGACCCAUUCUGCCGCAUCGCCUUCGAGAACGAGGUGGAGGCGGCGGCGGCGGCGGCAGCGGCCGCGGCAGCAGCCGGGCGGCCUCCGCGCUGGCGCGUGGGCUCCGUGGGCGCCGCCGAGCCUCAGCACGUGACGCUCGUGGUGUUUGGCGUGGGCAUCGUGAACCACACGCGGCUGCAGGCCGACAUCGGCGGCCUCACCAUGGAGGCAGAGCUGCGCAAGGCGCACGGCAGCUUCACGCUCAAGGAGAAGAUGCGAGACGUGUAUCACCAGAAGACCACGGAGACCUGCGCGACGGCGCACGUGGGCUCCGUCACGGCGGUGCUUCUCGAGGGCAUUGCUCCCAACAUGCAGACGGUGGUGAAGUGCAGCGUCGCCAAGUCGCAGGCGCUCUACACGGCGCUGCGUGGCGCUCGCACCAAGAACUCGGCCGUGCUCAGGGUGGGCGCCGUCAAGGUGGACAUCCCGCAGCACCCGGCCACGCUGCACGGCAUGAUGGUGCGCAGCUCCCACCAGCUCUCCAAGCAGAUCUCCGACCUCAUCCGCCAGCCGGCUCAGAGGGACGAACCACAGGCUCAGGGGGCGGCAGGGAGCCAGGGCGCACAGCAGUCUGUUCCGCGCACGGCCAGCAGCCAGACCCAGACGCCGCUGGAGCCCAGCGACUUCCCGCAGCUGCCCGAGAGUCUGGAGCGCCGGCCGCUCGUGCUCAAGUUUGACGCCAUCCUCGACGGGGUGACCAUCGGCGCCGCGCUCCUCCCCUCGCUCCGCGCCGAGUACAAGAUGGAAACCAUGAAGAGCCACGGCAUCACCGGCGCGCAGACGCAGUUCAAGUUCGAGCUUCCGUCUCACCUGCUGAGCCUGACGUCGCGGGUGGCGUCGGCCGAGUCGGUGGGAACGCUGCCCUCCACCAAACUGGCGCUGCCGCGCAUUGCCGUGUCGGGGGAGUACGUGAUGGAGGAGCACGGGGUCUUCGCGCCCGAGGAGUGGACGAGCGACGGACUCGCCACGCGACGCGGGGACUACCUGCAGUGCGUGGCCGAGAUUGGCUCAUUCGAGCACAACCUGAGCACGGAUUUGCUGCAUCACCUCGUUUUCGUGCAAAAAGUCUUCAUGAAGGAGGUGAACGAGGUCAUCCAGAAAGUGUCGGGCGGAGAGCAACCCAUCCCCCUGUGGAACGAGCAGGACGUAGGCAGUGCAGACGGAGAAAGACCUAAACCUCUGCUCUACUCUCUGCAGCUCCGCUUUCAGGGAGUGCAGGUGACGGCCACCACGCCCACCAUGAGCGCAGUUCGCUUCGAGACGGGAGUCAUUGAGUUGGUGCUGUCCAAUCGCAUCCAGACCAAGGCAUACGCCGGGCUGGGCCGCAGCGGCAGCUACCUCAAGCUGUUCGGAAAGUGUCAGGUCGACCUGUACCUGGCCCUGGGGCAGAUCAUCAGCAACCAGGUGUACAAGGAGGCGGUCUCCGAGUUCCAUCAGGUGGCUUACUUCCGCACACGCAUCGGCCUCCGGAAUGCCCUGCAGAACGAGAUGAGCGGCUCGCAGGACCGCGAGGCCGUGCUCAUCACUCUGGACCGGCCCAUCGUGUACGCCCAGCCCGUCGCCUUUGACAAAGCUGUGCUCUUCUGGCUGAACUACAAGGCGGCGUACGAGUACUGGAAUGAGCAGCGCAUGGCGCUGGGUCGCGACGUCUACAUGGCCACGCGCGAGUUGGUCGACAAGUUGCCCACCAUCUCGCAGACCCCCUCGCAGGCCUUCAGCACGCUCAUCCUGCAGCUCACCGUCAACGAGCUUGGCAUCUGCCUGCCCAUAGGAGCCACCUCACAGCUGAACCAAUACUUGGACGAGGACCCCGGUUCGGCGCUGGUGCUCACGGUGGAGAGCACCCUCAUCUCGGCCUGCUCCUCCGAGUCCCUCGUCAGCAAGGGCCACUUCAAGAACUUCUGCCUCCGCUUCGCCGAGGAGUUUGAGACUUCCUGGGACGACUGGAAGCCCGAGCUACGCAACGGGACCGUCAUGAACGCAUGCGUGGUUCCGGAUGGGACCUACGAAGUCUGUUCACGCACUACGGGGCAGUCUGCAGCAGACAGCGGCAGUGCGGGCACGUGGAUGCUGAACGUGCUGUGGAAGAUGUGCGGCAUCGACGUGCACAUGGACCCGAGCAUCGGCAAGUGGCUGAACACGCUGGGCAGCACGCUGACCACGCUGACGGGCGAGGAGGACCUGGACGACAUCGCGGAUCUCACGUCCGUGCUGGAGCACGGCAUCUCGGACGAGGACGAGCCCGACGGCGUCGCCACUCCCUUCCUGCAUACGGACGUGUCGGAUUACAGGCGGCAGCCGUCUCUGGGAGGCCCCAGCACCGAGCUGUCGCUCAGGAGGACGUCGAAACGCCUCAUCGAGAGGGAGCUCAACGAGCAGGCCAAAGUCAUCGAUGACCUCAAGAAACUCGGGGCGAGUGAGAGCACCAUCAACCAGGAGAUCCAGCGCUACCAGGCCCUUGAGACGUUCGCCGUCAAAGACAUCAGGAGGGAUGUGCGCAAGAAGCUCAAGCGCUCCAGCAUCGGGGCCGUGUCGCUCAAGGAUCGCUGGGGCCUGAGCUACAAGCCGAGCCGCUCCAAGAGCAUCGCGGCGAGCGGACGGCCCAGCCUGAGUCGCGUCGGUCGCUCACGUCACAUCGAUGGAGAUGAUUUGCCGGAGAUCCGAAUUUACGAGGCCACAACUCCCAUGCCCAGAGUGACUUUUGACAUCCACAAGCCGUCUGUGCUGGGUUAUGUGCCCGAGGAAAGAUAUUCAGCUCGAGACAACCUGUACUUCAAGUUUCCGGAGGAGACGGAGGCGGACCUGCUGUCCGUGGUCGGCGAUGACGCGCUGCGCCUCAGUCCGAUGAGCGACGGCCCGAGCUCCGUGUUUGCCAGCCCCACGCCGAGUCCGUACUUGCAGUCCCGCGGAGCCACCUCUGAUUCCCUGCCAUCGCGGCCAUCCGCCAUGCCCCCCCGCCAGCUACCGCCGCCGCUGCCGCCCGGCCCCGGCCGCACUUUCCCCGCCGCCGCCGCCCCCGCCGCCGCCGCCGACGACGCCGCCGACGCCGACGACGCCGACGACGACAACGAGGACGUGCCGGACGGGCCCGCCGAGGAGAGCGACUCCACUUACACGGACGACACGGAGAAGGAGGACGAGGAAGUUGAGGAGCAGAGGCAGCACAAGGCGCGGCGGGGGUCGGAUCAGCGGCGGCGGCGGCGGCGGCGAGGCCUGCGGAGCCCGCGCCCCGUGGGCAGCAGCGAGCGCGUGCCCCCGGCGGUGAGCGCUGCGGCCGCGGCUGCCGCGGCUGCCGCGGAGCGCAACAUCGACUUCAAGCUGGACGUGCGCGUGGAGAUCGACAGCGGGAAGUGCGUGCUGCACCCCAGCAUCGCGUCGCAGCCGGCCGACGCCGACGAGUCGUCGUUAAGACGGGAGAAGGGCGGGCGAGCGGGACAGGAGUCACCCACGGGCAAGCGGUGCGCCUCCGGGCUCGGCAGUGGGAUCCUCGGCUACAAGAAGGUGCCAUCCACCUUGCAGACCAAGGGCAUUGACCUGGAGACCACCGUCUUCUACAUUCCUGGAGUAGAAGUCAAGGUUCACUACAACUCCAAGACGGUGAAGCUGGAAUCUCCCAACAUUUCUCGUGGUUCUUCACUCAGCCGCUCGCAGUCCAAGGAGUCCAAGCUGUCAGCCAUGAAAGACUUCAAUUACCAAGUGGGCAAAGGCCUGCCCCAGGCACCACCGCCACCCACGGCAGGCAAGGCCAAGGUUGGCGGUGGCAUAAAGACGGCCAAGCUGUUCGCGUGGGUGGCCCUGCAGUCUCUGCCGGAGGAGAUGGUCAUCAGCCCGUGCCUGCUGGACUUCUUGGAGAAGGCGCUGGAGCUCAUUCCCAUCACACCCAUAGACCACCAGCCUUCUGCUGUGCUGCAGCCUCAGGAGGAGGAGGUGGGCCACUUUGAUGUGACGGUGGAGCCCCUGGAAGAGUCGACCACCUCACUGGUGUCAUCCUCCACCUCCUCGUACUCCUCUUUCCCUGUUGACGUCGUUGUGUACGUCCGCAUGCAACCAUCACAGAUCCGCUUCAGCUGCCUGCCCGUGUCGCGGGUGGAGUGCCUCCUCAAGCUGCCCUCCCUCGACCUCGUCUUCUCCUCCAAUCGGGUCGAUCCGGAGGCCUCUGGUGCUGCGUGCGGCGGUGGCGGCGGCGGCGGCGGCGGCGGUGGUGGUGGUGGUGUUAGUGGUGUUAGUGGUGGUGGUGGUGUUAGUGGUGGUGCCAGUGGCCUGGGGUCAUCUGCUGAGAGCACUGGCUCUUCCCUGGCCCAGAUGGUGCUACGCACGGCCGCAAGCAAGGCAGCCGGGCUGCAAGGCACCGGCUCCGGCGUGCCGGGGUCGCACACGCCGCGCACGCGGCACCUCAGCAACCAGUCUGACGGCGGUGCCAGCAGCAUGAGCGCCUUGCCCGGCAACUGCAGCGGCCUCAGCUUCACGGCCAUCAUGUCCGACUUCUCCUUCUACGUCUUCCACCCGUACGGCGGCAAGCAGAAGUCCGGCGUCGCGGCGAUGGCCACGAGCAACGUGCCAGGGCUUACGGCAGAGGAGCCCUCCUCUGCCACGGGUCGCAAGGACUCGCUGAGCAUCAACCUGGAGUUUGUGAAGGUCAGUCUAUCGCGCAUGCGCAAGACAGGAGCUGUGCUCACCUACGAGACCCCUUCUUCUUCCGGGAAGACCGGGAACAAGAUGGAGACCACGCUGAUCAACAUCUCGGCCGUAUGCGAUAUCGGCUCCGCGUCAUUCAAGUACGACAUGCGGCGUCUGAGCGAGAUUCUGGACUUCCCCAAGGCGUGGUAUCGUCGUAGCAUCGCCCGCAGACUCUUCCUGGGCGACCAGACCAUUGCUAACAUGCCAACGUCGGUGGCGGGUACCCCGGAGUCUGCCGACGGCGUGCCCUCCCACCUCUCCCCGGAGUCUGCGCGAAAGGCCUACCUGCGCACGUGGGACACGCAGUCGGGCCAGGGCUCGCCCUCGGGGUUCCCGUACGUGCCGCCGUCGCCCAGCGUGUACAGCGUGCCGCCCUCGGGGUCGCCGCUCGGAGUCAAGUCGCCCACGCACACGCGUCUGCGCAGCGCGUCCGAGUCCUCGGCCAGCCGCGCCGGUCCGUCGAUGACUCGCACAGAUUCAGGCUCCCACGCCAAAACGUCCACUCCAGCCACUGCCAAGAGCCCCGACGGGAGCAAGAGCAAGGCGGCAGCGGCGGCGGCGGCGGCGGCGCAACAGAGCGCCCCCUGGGAGACGCUGGUGCUGUUCGCCGUCAACCUCGCUCAGCUCAACGUGCAGAUGAACAUGAGCAACGUCAUGGGAAACACCACGUGGAACACGAAGGGCGUGAAGACGCAGGGCCGCGUGUCCGUGGGCAGCAACAUGGAUAGAGACAUCAAAAUGACCCUGGGGCUCGGCAGCUCGCAGCUCGACUCCAAGGGCGGCGUCGUCGGAGGCACAGUCAGGGUCAACACGCUGGAGAUGGUCGCCUUCAUCUCGGAGCACCCCACCAAGGAGCCACGGCACCGCGUGCAGACGUCGCUGGGCUCCACGGAGGCGCGGGUCGACUACAUGGGUUCCAGCAUCCUGAUGGGCAUCUUCAGCAACGCCGACCUGGAGCUGCACGACGAGUGGAAGGCAAACCCCAACCACACCGUCGGCCUCAGCGACUCGACGUUCACCGAUAAGACGAAGGUCUUUGUGCACGGAGACCUGUCGUGGAGCGUCUUCCAGGUGAUGAUUUCACGCUCCACUACGCCGGACCUCGUUCGCAUCGGCGUGAAGCUGCAGGAGUUCUUCACGCAGCAGUUCGACACCAGCAAGCGCGCCCUCUCCACGUGGGGUCCCGUACUCUACGGCCCGCACAAAGUCGCUCCUGCUGCGCAAGAGAAGGCCACGGACGAAGAGAGCCUCCUCGACACAGUGCUGCACCGCCACUGGCCGAGCGUGCUCCGCACGGUGUGCGGCUGCCAGCUGUCCAUCUUCCCACGCCCGCUGCCCGACAGCGCCGUGCUGCUCGGGGGCAGCAUGGGCCUGCACGGUGACCACAUGACGCUCGCCUGCUUCCACGGGGUCAACUUCCGCGCCAAAUCCUGGGCCCUCUUCCACCUCGAGGGCCCGAACAUCUUCUUCUGCACCGAAGCGCAGGAGAUUCACCAGGAGGACUCAGCCGAGAAGUUCAUGUACAUGGCCCAGAACCUGGACUUUGUGCUCGGCAACAACAUGAUGGUGACGGGUGGGGCGCUGGAGAGUCCCAUGGCAACCAUCACCAAGGUGACGCGCCGUCGCCACGAGAACGCCCCGCACGGCGUCGCCACGGUCAACGAGUGGUUCAACUACGUGACGGCGAUGCGCAACGAAGAGCUGAACCUGCUGCGCAACGUGGACGGGAACGCGACGGAGGGCGGCGCAGCACAACGCAGUGCCAGCCUGUCUGGCGGGCCGCGCGGCACGCCCAGCUACAACCACGAGACGGAGACCAUCUUCGCUCUGCCGCGCACGCAGCUACUCUUCAAGUCGGCCCAGCUGCAGGAGUCGGAGAGACCGUCGCUCCAGGAUGCAUCACGGAAACCGAAGGUGGAGUGCAGCGUUGUGACGGAGUUCCGCGACCACAUCUGCGUGACGAUGGACGCCGAGCUCAUCAUGUUCCUGCAUGACCUCGUCUCCGCUUACCUCAAGGAGAAGGAGAAAGCGAUGUUCACGACGCGCGGCUCGCUGUCUCGCGGGAGCCAGCGGAGCCCCACGGCGGCGAAGACGGCCGAGCGAACCCCGAGCCAGGAAGUGCCGCCCCCUGCCCCCCCAACGGGCGGGGACAGCCGCGAGUUCGUGUGCAACACCUGGCAGCUGGAGCCCUCGCUCAGGCUCAUCUCGUGGACGGGCCAGAAGAUCGACCCCGUUGGCGUGGACUACAUCCUGCAGAAGCUGGGCUUCCACCACGCGCGCACCACCAUCCCCAAGUGGCUGCAGCGCGGCGUCAUGGACCCGCUCGACAAGGUGCUCUCCGUGCUCAUCGAGCGCCUCGUGCUGGCGUUGCAGCACGAGCGCGAGCGCAAGGCCUCGUCCAAGGACGAGCACGGCCCGAGCCAGCGCUGAGCUGCCCCGCUCGGUCGCCCGCGCGCCCGCGGCGGCUCGCGUUCGUCCCCCCCCCCCCCCCCCCCACCACCCCCUAGCCGCACCGACAUCGCUGGGAUGAGCGGGGGAGUGCGGUGGCUGCCGGCGCCGUGCCGCCCCCAUCCCCACACCCCACGCUAGGCGUGUGCCGAGUUGGUAAUCGUUCUCCUCGUCACGGUAAAGGUUCAGCCCUGCGUUGGCUUGCUCGCAUCGCUGUUGACGGAAGGGCCUCCGCAGAAGGCAGCUCUGGAGAGAGCCUCUCUCGUGAAGGCAUUUUGGGUCUACUCUUCCACGCCGGCCCAGACGUCAUGGGAGAUUUUGUCCGAGUGCGAUGGCUUUCGAAAGGAAGCCCGGUUUUGUACGAAAUGCUGCGCAUUUUUAAUGGAGCCCACCGCGUACAAACCAGAGACGUUCACAGAACACAUUUCCCUCUUCUGUGCUGUGUGGGUUUUGUUAUCUCUUCAAGCGACUGUAAAACUUGUAAAUUGCAUUAAAAAAAGUAUCGGCUGCAGCUAGUGAUAAAAGGUAGUGGGCACUUAAAUAAAUAAAUGAGAGCCAGUUAUUUGCACCAUCCAUUUAUUCGUUUGUUAUCCACAGUGGCAUGCCCGCAGCCAGCGAUUGCGAUCGCUGUUUAGAAAAAAAACAGGUACAAAGUUUGUUUUGCGACGAUUAAACAUGACCCUUGUGUUGUGGUAGCUGUUGGUGACAUGAGGAAUGUGCUAUUUAGUUGGCUGUGGAGUGGUGGUGUCACCACACCAGCUUUAUUUAUCGCUUUUAAUCACACUCACUUGGAAUUAUUUACAGUUGAGGCCAAAGUAAGAAAGUUAAAUUCAUGGUAAAACUGGAUUAAAACUAUAAAACAAGAAAAUAAAGUUUAAAAAUAUUAAAAUAUAAACUAAUGUAAACUCAUUGUCCUGUUCUAAGCAAAGCAAUUUGUAAAUUUGUUGAAUUAAAAUUAAAGAUGCUGUUCUUGUAAAGAAGAAAACAUUAAUCUUAGAUGCUACCUGCCAAAUCUCUUCUGUGUACUUGGCACAAACCAUCGCGGUAAAAUUAGGUGUAGUGUCAAUUAUAUUUUUUACUUUAUUCCUAGCUUAACUAAUUUGAGUGCACACUUAACGCUUGGCGUGACCAAAUGUCCGUGCGGAUUGGUACCAGGAGCACCUCUUUAAGCGUUUAAUUGCCAACGGGCAGAUUUGAGGGUCAGCCGAGGCACAGGCUGUAAAAGCGUAGGAACGCGAAUCGCAACCGCCUUGUGGACACGCCAUCGGCUCUUUGCCGCCUCGCCGUUGCCCCCACAUUGACCCGCACUGCCAGGGAGUGCAGCGGGCCGCGUCAGACGACACGGGGACCGGUACGCUCCGCAGAUCCACGCCGACGUGUCGCGUGCGUGAUUGAGCCGCUCGGCUUCGCUCAAAUACCCAGGAGGGAGGGCAGGUGACCGUGCCUCUCCUGUGACCACGCGGAACGUAAGCUGCUCGCCCCCCGGAGAUUAUGUGCAGCUUUUUUGGCUCGUCACCAGUCCGCCGCAGCUUUUCCUCGCCCCAGUGUGAUGCGACGUUGGCGUAGAGCUGAGAUUAAGUCCCCUGUUGCGCUCGGAGGGAUCCGCAGUCAAUGUUCAGCCACUCCCGUGGCGCCGGGCUGAUUAGCAACCGUUGUACAUAGCCUGGUCUACGGUUACAUUCGUGUGUGUAGUCAUCGCACCAGGGAAUUGUAAUUCAUUUGUAUGUAUGUAUGUUGGACUUCGGAGGUAUAUGCAUUUAUUAUUGUAUGCAUAUGCAGCGUUCGGUAUUGACAUCGGUGUGUGUGAUUGAUCUAAAGAUGUACCUUCAUGGCUGGCUGCGGUUAGAGAGAAUAUUUCCAUAAAAAUGUAAAGCCGCUUUUUAAUGUGGUCCUAAAUAGGCUGCUCAUGCUUUCACAACAGCAGGGCGAUAAUAGGUUCCAAAACAACCAAAUAAUCCAUUAGAACCCCGCUCGCUGUCCCUUGUGGUUAUGGAGAAGGCUGUGAGAACACUCGCAUCAACUCCUUGGUGUUCGCGCCUUGCUUUUGGCAAGCAGCGACAUCUUGAUGCCAUUGUUUUUCAUUUCGUGUUGUUUACCGCCACGCUGCACUGUUGAUUAAUUUUUCCUGUUGGACUGGUGGCUCGUGCAGUUGUAAAUAUAGUUGAGUGCAAUUCAAGGUUGUUGCUCAAAGUUCGGAAGCUCAAAUGUCACGCCAUCACGCGAGGAGGAAAGUCACGGUGGCAUAACGGCCGCCGUGAUUUGAAUUCCGUGCAGUUUCCCGUCGGUCACAGAAAGUACAAGAAAUGUCACUGCCGCCGCCGCCGCCUUCACCGCAGUCGCGGCCGCCCCUCGCCGCGGUGCCACGGCGUCGACACAACCUGGCUUGGGGUGCGGUGUGGUCGCUGGAACGGCGCAGCGCCGUCAAAUAAAUAAAUGUGGCCAUGUGUGCGCCGUGAGAUUCGCUCGCGUUUUGUGUACGCUGGCUUGUCGUGCAGGCGCUGAGUAGCCGUCUGGUGUGUUUUCGACUUGAAAUGAUCGAGGUAGAACGUGAGCUCCUUUAAUUCGGUUCCUGAUUAAGCUUCAGAGCGAAACUUUGGACAUCGUGCCGAACAACUCACGGUACCGCCCGAAAUCACGUCGGAGAGCUUACGCGCACCUUGGCCAGCGUGCGAUUCUGGCCGCCGAGCCCUGGAGAUCACCGUCGGCAAUGCCCAUCCCUGGGUGAGUCCGCAGCGGGGAUUGACAAGUGCCAACGGGAGCACGGGGAAUGUUCGAGAUGGUAUUGUGGGCGUGACUGACUCGGAGGGAGUUGAUUGUGCGGGAUGCCGUGUGUUGAAUCCCGUGUCAUCGACAUGUAAUCGAGACGUUAAAUUUAAUUUUCCACGUUCGCGUUAUGGUGAAGGGCCGUUUGGGAAUCUGCGGGGUUUUUUUUGCGUCGGGUUUCUCCCUCUCUCUCUGACUUUGCACAGCUCCCCCAGGGCAGCGUGGGCCCCACCCCCCUCGGAUUAUGGGCCUGCCUUGCUGUGCGCGUUUACCUGCAUCUUCUGCAAAGAGUUCUUUAUACCUGUGGUUCUUACAUCGCCGUUGCGAACGCGUCAUUAUUUUAUUCUGUUUUCGAGCACAUUAUUCAUCAUCUCUCGUGCUUCGGUUGUUUUUAAACUCGGAUCCCAAUGCGUCCAAAAUGUGAACAUGCGUUGGAAUAUCUGUGCUGUUUUUUAGUUCAUAUAAUUGGCACAAAAUCACAAUGUAACCUUUUUGGUGGUUGUAUAGAUGGAGAGGUGGAAUGGGGGAGGGGUGUGCGCUACAGCGAGAACAUAAACCAAACAAGACAAACCCGGAAAUAUUUACAUACACACACACAGGUUACAGCGCUGUAAGUUACUUGGUCAUUAUAUCACGUAUGGUUGACAACAAUUGCAGGAGUUUUAUUCAUUUUCUGUAUGAUGGCUGAUUACACAAAGGGGCAGGAGGGGAGGCAGAGCCAUGCCCCUGGUGCCUCUUUUCAUUUUCCCGAGCGGAACAACAUGUGUCUGCACGUCUGAAGGGUCAUCAAUACCCCUGCGUUCCUCCUUAACCCUCUGCACGUACAGUGAGGGAAAAAAGUAUUUGAUCCCCUGCUGA